CUAGUUUAAAUACAUAGACAAUGUUUGAGAUUUGAAGUUGUCUAGGGCCUCGAUGUCCAUGGCUUCCCGCAACUUGAAGCCAUCCCUGCUUCUAUUCUCAAUUUUCUUCUCAACAUGUUUUGUCAUCACCUCUUCAUCUUCAUCAUCUCCUUCGACUUUGGAUUCUCAUUUGUCUUCCAUGAAAGAUCUCUGCAAGUCCACACCAUACCCAGAUGUCUGUUUUGAUUCGCUGAGGCUCUCUGUCUCCAUUAACAUCGGUCCGAACAUUAUAAAUUUUCUUCUCCAUUCACUUCAAACUGCAUUAUCAGAAGCUGGAAAGCUCUCAAACAUCUUCGCUAGCAGUGGUGGACACUCAAACAUUGUCGAAAAACAAAAGGGUACAAUCCAAGAUUGCAGCGAAUUGCAACAAAUAACAGUUUCUUCGUUAAAGAAAUCUGUUUCGCGAAUCAGCUCUUCUAACUCGAGAAGAUUAGCUGAUGCAAGGGCCUUUCUCAGUGCAGCUUUGACUAACAAAGUUACUUGUUUAGAAGGGCUAGAUUCAGCAUCUGGCCCUUCUAAACCAGCCCUGGUCAACUCCAUCGUUGAUGCUUAUAAGCAUGUAAGCAAUGCCUUGUCAAUUCUGUCUAAACCAGGAAGAUCAAAAUCAAACGGCCUAAUGCAUAGGCGUCUAAUGGGAUUUCCAAGUUGGAUGUCCAGCAAAGAUCGACGGAUUUUGCAGAGUUCUGCAGAUGAUGAUUAUUACGACCCGAGUAACAUGAUCACAGUGGCGGCCGAUGGAACUGGAAAUUUCUCCACUCUUACUGAUGCAAUAAACUUUGCUCCGAAUAAUAGCGCUGAUAGAAUAUUUAUCUUUGUUAGGCAAGGAGUGUAUCAAGAGAAUGUCGAGAUUCCAAGUUGGAAGCCCAACAUUGUUCUUCUUGGAGAUGGAAGUGAUGUUACCAUAAUUACUGGUAGCAGAAGCGUAGGUGACGGCUGGACCACAUUCAGAUCCGCCACUGUUGCCGUAUCCGGGGAGGGAUUCUUGGCACGAGACAUAACUUUCGAGAAUUCAGCAGGACCAGAGAAGCACCAGGCAGUUGCCCUUCGGGUUAAUGGUGAUUUGGCCGCCGUCUACAGGUGCACCAUAAAGGGACACCAGGACACAUUAUAUGUGCACUCAUUUCGUCAAUUCUACAGAGAAUGUGACGUUUAUGGGACAAUAGACUACAUAUUUGGCAAUGCAGCUGUGGUUUUCCAGGGAUGCAACGUCAUUUCCAGAUUACCAAUGCCUGGACAGUUCACCGCGAUCACAGCCCAGUCGCGAGACAUCGAAUAUGAGUCCACCGGAAUUUCUCUGCAAAACUGUUCGAUUCUGCCCACGAAUGACUUGAACUCCAAUCUGGCUACCGUCAAGAGUUAUCUAGGAAGACCAUGGAGAAAUUACUCGAGAACAGUCAUUAUAAAAUCAUACAUCGAUGAACACAUUGCACCAGAAGGGUGGACUCCAUGGCAAGGUGAUCAAGGCCUAAGCACUUUAUACUACGGAGAGUAUGGUAACGAUGGCCCCGGUGCAGUGACAGACAAUCGAGUUACUUGGCCAGGUUUUCACAUUAUGAAUUAUGAUGAUGCAUCUAACUUUGCAGUUUCGGAGUUCAUCACCGGAGAUGAGUGGCUGGAUUCUACUAAUUUUCCUUAUGAUAAUGGCAUUUGAUACUGGGAUGGAAAUGUAAUACAAGGUGGAGUAUUUUUCUUUUACUACUAGUUAUUACAAGUAUACCAGCCAUGUACUAAUAGUCUAAUACUUGAUGUUGUUUGGCCGCAAGUUUGCCCAACUCAGGAAAAUGUUGUACGUGUUUGCCACAAAUGGACAAGAGAUUUGAUAUACUUCUCUUUUUAUGGUAUAUGCAUGGUGCUGUUCUUCA